AUUGGUUCUUUGCGAUGAAGUACCUCUUGCUUGUCAUCCGCGGGCUCGAGUACUUGGCGGUCGAAGAGAUUCAUGCCAAGCUUACGGUUAUCUCCGUCAACGUCAUCACGCCCCAGACCAACGCGGCGUUUCCGCAACGCGACUACGAGCGGGGCGAGGCCGCUGUCGGUAAAAUCGUGCUCGAGACAACAUCCUCGCCAGGCGAAGUGAAGAGUCUAUGCUCCAUCCAGGCCUUCCUCGCUUUCGUUGUUGAGGCAAACGACGUUGUUACGGACGACGUGGCCGGCAUGGUCCAAAUUGGGAAAUUAGUCGAGACGGCUGACUGGUCAGCGCCGCUGUCGCUUUGGCAAGCGCACGCACCAACGGCUCCAACGAGCGAAAACGAGAGCUUUCGCUUUCGAGCGUCGUGCGUCCGCGAUGGCAAGCACGCGUACAAUUCGGAAAAGAUUGCUGGCGAAGUCGGGGGUGCGCUCUUGGAGCAUUUCGGCUGGAAGGUCUCGCUGACCGAGUUCCACAUGGAAGUCGUCUGCUUCGUGUUGCACAACCACGUCGUCUGUGGUGUUUCCCUCGCGGACCCGCGCAAAAUUUUCUUCAAGAGCCGCCUUGCCAACGAAGAGCGACACCCUAGUAUGACUUCGAUCCAGUACAUUUCGACGCUUCGCCCGUCAACCGCGUACAUGCUGCUCCAACUCGCACGUAUCGAGGCCGGUGACAUUGUCCUUGACGCCAUGUGCGGCGUUGGGACGAUUCCCGCGUCCGCCACGUACCUUGCCGCCCCCGUGUUUGCACUGGGUGGCGACGUCGAAGAAGACGCCGUCGAGAAGGCGGGGCGCAACGUCGCCGCGCGGCCCGCAACCAUUUGCCAAUGGGAUAGCCAGCGCCUACCACUUCGUGACGGCAGUGUCGACAAGAUCGUGAUCGAUAUGCCGUUCGGCGUGCGCUGCGGCAGUCACCAGAAAAACAGCAAGUUGUACCCGCGCUGCAUGGCAGAGCUGUGCCGGGUGUUGCGCGACCACGGUCGUAUUGUGCUUCUUGUGAUGUCCAAGAAACUGAUCAAGGGCUGCCUUGGCAACAAAAACACGGCAGCGCUCUCAAUCGUUGAGGAGCUGCACGUGAAUAUUGGUGGCCUCGGGGUCGGCGUCUUUGUCCUCGAAAAAUACCCCGAAGGAUGUAAGAAGCGCAAGUCCGACGAUGUUACGCAGUAGCUUGGAGCUCAGGUCUUGCGUUUGAUCACGAAUUCAUGUCAAGUUUUCAUUGGCAUCAUUAUUCCAGAUGUUACCGGUACUUUUGCUGUCCUGCACUGUCAAUCCACUAGGUUUCUCGGUGGCGUCGUUUGAUACAAAGCACGAGCGUGCUGCUCUCAAAGGCAUCGGACUUGGCCUAUCAAAGUCCUACUACGCC